AUGGCUGAGGGUACGACGGAAAGGGCGGCCGCAGCACAUGCUGGGCUCAAGGCUCACACGAGUUUCACCAACAUCGUGCUCAUUUGCGCGGCGGCUUUGGCCAGCUACAACUACGGCUACUCCAACAAUGUCAUUGCGGGAACUCUGGCACAGGUAACAUUUAAUCAAAAGUUCUUGUCGGGAUCGAAUGCCAACAUGCUCAUCGACUCCAUCGUUUCCGGCUUCUUCGGUGCGGCCCUCAUCGGCUCCAUUGUACAAGCGUACAUCUCCAACAGAUGGGGCAGAAAGUCCGUCAACCGCGUGGCCGCCGUCCUCGUCACCAUCGGCAACACUCUGCAGGCUGGGGCGCCACACAUCGCCAUGUUUCUGGUGGGCAGGUAUAUCACGGGGUUUGGAUGCGGCAUGAUCAUCACAAACACACCUGUCUACUUGAGCGAGAUCUCACCUGCCCACAGUCGAGGACUCCUCGUCGGCUUGCAAGGCAACUUUAUCGUAUUUGGCUAUAUUUCAUCCUCCUGCGCUGCUCUUGGCUUCCACUUCGUUUCCGAAGCGUACCAAUGGCGCCUCAACUACAUCAUCGCCGCCUUCCUCGGUUUGUGCCUCUUGGUAUCUCUCCUGUUUCUGCCCGAGUCACCACGAUGGCUCGUUGAGGCCAACCGGUCCAGUGAAGCCGGAGAGAUCCUUCACAACAUCCACAAGACAAAGCAUGACCCCAACGGCAGGGUGGCUCGAGCCGAACUGUCGCAGAUUGUCGCCCAGGUCGAGCACGAUCGCUCCCAGCCCCGAAGCUGGGCUUUCAUCUUCCGCACGCCGUCCAUGAGGAAGCGUCUUGUGUGCACACUCCUGGUCUGGUCCAUGGCGCAGUCGACUGGCAUCACUGUCUUGGCAAACCUGACACCUCGUCUCUUCGGUGCCCUCGGUUACGAUACCAUCCUACAGCUAACUCUGGCUCUGGUCUGGACCGUCUGUCUCUUUCUAGGCUGCUUUGUCAACAUCUGGCUGAUUGACCGCAUCGGCCGCGUUAAGCUCAUCGUGGCCGGUGGCUGGGGUAUGGCCAUUCUUGUUGCCAUACAGGCGGCGCUGCAAAGCCAGUACCUGAGCAGUUCAAAUCUGGCCGGCGUCCGCGCUGCUGUUGCAAUCUACUUCCUAAUAGCCUUUUACUUCUGCUGCACCUUGGAGUGCGUUGGCUACGUGUAUGGGUGCGAGAUCUGGCCCACCCAUCUGCGCAGCAAAGGCUCUGCUAUAUCAUACUUUGGCUUCUACGUCUUCUCCAUCUGGACGACUGCGCCUGCAGCACAGGCUUUUGGAAGCAUCGGAUGGAAGUAUUACAUAGUCUUUAUCUGCGUCACCGUUGCCCUGACCAUUCCUUGCAUGUUUAUGCUACCAGAGACUGCUGGCGUUUCGUUAGAAGAGAUUGCCCUCAAAUUCGGCGACGAAGUCGCUCUGGACUUUGAGCAUGCCUUGGAUACCAAGGAAAGCUCUACUCACGUCGAGACUGCAGACUCAAACCUUCGUGAUACAACUGAAUGA